CAAACCCUAUACCUACCAAUAACCUAACCACUACCGCUUUAUCUUACCCUAAACCUAACAUUAGUAACAGCGAAUGAGACUCUCGCGAGAAUUACGUUGCCGCGGUGUUACCUUCAAGACACGACCCAGCAUUGGUAACAACAACACGAGAAGCUUUUGUAUGAAAACUCGUUUUCCAGUUUAGAUUGAUCAGCGUAUCAUCAACUCCUGGGAGAUGGGUCCCGUCGAGCUCCUGCAUAUGUCCGUGUUCUCUCAGAGUUUCUCUCCCUGUGGCCGUUUCCUUGCAGCGGGUAAUAACUAUGGAGAGAUCGCAUUGUUCAGUCUUUCAGCAGCACUGAGCCCAGAUGCAUCAGAGGAGGGUCAGAAGCCUAUCCUUAACUUCACUGCUCAUGGUGGUUCAGUAUUCUCUCUUCUUUCCACGGACACUCAUCUUCUGAGUACUGGGAAUGGAGAGAUCAGUGCCUGGUGUUGGGAAGAGCUCAUCAAAAAAAAUACCAAAGCUGCAUGGACAAGGAAACCCAAUUACGAGACUAGUCUUGAAAUUCCAGAGAUCAAUGCAAUGAUCAUUAAUCCAAAGGACAACAGCUUGAUAGUUGGAGGGGGUGACAAUAACAUUCACAUCAUGGACAUGGAGAGCGGUAUCUUCAAGUCUGUACUGAAGGGCCACACGGACUAUAUACACUGUCUGUCCUUUAGAGAGAGGGAAGGAGAGAUACUCUCUGGUGGGGAGGAUGGUGCUGUGAGGAUAUGGGACUGUCGGACAAAACAGCCAGUUCACUGUAUUGAAGUUUUCAAAUAUAUGGAAUGUGCACGCCCCCAGUUUGGAAAGUGGAUUAGCUGUCUUGCUACAGACUGUGAUUGGAUGCUCUGUGGUGGAGGCCCAUCGCUGUCUUUAUGGCACCUUCGUUCCAUGUCCCCCACCUCUGUCUUCCCUCUGUCUGGCUGUCAAAGGGAAGCUGUCUUUUACCAGGACCUGAUCUUGUCGGUAGGUGAGGGUCCAUAUGUGUCCCAUUGUUUGCAUGGAGGGACAUUGAAAGCUCAGAUUCCCUGCACUCCUCCUUCACUCAACACACUGGCUCUCAAUCUCAAAAACACUGAACACAGGGUUAUGACAGUAGGGGGCAGCAGUCACCAUAUUGAUGUGUUCACCAACUUCAGUUACAGAGCCUUUUCUCUGUCAUUCUAAACACGCACACCAACGCAACUGUGUUUCCCAGUGAAUUUAAAUGAGAAUAGUAGAAGGCAGUUAAACCAUGUAUUUUUAUUUUUUUUAUUUUUGUUUAAUAAACUGUUUUGAUUUUUCAA